UAUAAAGAUAGAGACGUUAUCGCCAGUUGCUGGUUUGUUUUUUGGUCUUUUGUCCGUUCUCAACUUGUUUGUGCUUAUGUCUAUUUAAACCUUUCACUACCGGUAUUACAUUUUUCAUGCAUUCAAGACGGUUUUCUCGCUAUUGUAGUCUUGUCACAUUAGCCUACACCCCGGCUGUGUAUACGCAGAUCCCAAGAAUCCAGAGUUCACAUUUAAAAAGAAUAAAAACUUUGUAAAAGCAAAGAAUACAAUAUCCUACAACUAUGAGGAUUAGAGGAUCUAACGUUGUCAAAGUCGUUAUUGUAUGUGUUUGCUUUUUUGCUGUUUAUCAUCUUUAUUGGGACGAAAUAUCGCAAAUGUCAAAAUCAAGAAGUGGACUUUUACCAGAUAGCCUUUUGGACUCAAAUCAGGGUAGAAAAAGUAAAUUUGGUGAUGAAAUCAAUUUUCCUCAUAUUCCUGGAAUGGAGGUUGACGUUAAACACGGCGGAGUAAAAACAUUUGAAAAAGAUAUUCAACAGCAAAUAGUGCCUAUUGCAAAAGAUCCAGAGGAUCGCAAAAAAGUGGACGUUUCACAUCUAAGACCUACACUCAAUUGGCGAGUGCCUGGAAAUUAUGAAUUAGAAUUGCCAACUCAUAGGGGACCAGGGGAAUAUGGUGUGGCUGUUAGUCACACAAGUGAAGAAAAAGAUGCUGUUGAUGCAGCUAUUAAAGAAUUUGGUUUCAAUAUGGUCAACAGUGACAAAAUAUCUAUGGACAGAUAUCCUAAAGAUCUAAGGCAUCAAGAAUGUAAACAUUGGAAUUAUGCACCAGCACAAGAUUUGCCAACAGUUAGUGUCGUAAUUGUAUUUCAUAAUGAAGGUUGGUCAACACUUAUGAGGACAAUUCAUUCUGUGGUGAAUUUUACUCCUAAAGAAUUACUAGCUGAAGUUGUGAUGAUUGAUGAUCGCAGCAAUAAAGAACACCUUAAGAAAAGACUCGAAGAUUACAUUCAGAGGUGGGAUGGUCUUGUCAAACUAUUCAGAAAUGAAAGAAGAGAAGGUUUGAUUCGUGCAAGAAGUAUAGGAGCCAAAAAAGCAUCGGCUGGCAAAGUUUUAGUUUAUCUUGAUGCACACUGUGAAUGUGGGUAUAAUUGGUUACCACCACUCAUUACUCCUAUAGCAAUGAACAGAAUGGUUACAACUGUACCUCUCAUUGAUGUAAUUAGCGGGAGAGACUACACCUUCACGGGCCAAGCUGGUGGUAACUUGGAUGGAUUUGCUAGAGGUGCAUGGGACUGGAGUAUGUUGUGGAAACGCACACCAAUCACAAAAGAAGAAAUUAAAAGGAGGGAACACAAAACCGAUCCCUACAGAUCACCUGCGAUGGCGGGAGGUUUGUUCGCGAUCGAGCGGGAUUAUUUCUUCGAAAUCGGCCUUUAUGAUCCUGGUUUGGAAAUCUGGGGUGGAGAAAAUUUUGAACUUUCAUACAAGAUAUGGAUGUGUGGCGGUGAAGUACUUUUUGUACCAUGUUCAAGGGUGGGCCAUAUAUACAGAUUGCCUGGUUGGAGUGGGAACCCUCCUCCAGACUAUGUUCCUUCAAAUCCAAGUCUGAGGAAUUACAUUCGUGUGGUGGAAACUUGGUGGGAUGAAUACAAGGAAUAUUUCUAUGCAAGUCGACCAGAAACUAUCAAUAUGCCGUAUGGUGAUAUCUCUGAACAGGUGAAAUACAGACGAGAUCACAACUGUAAGAGUUUUAAAUGGUUUAUCGAAAACAUCGCCUACGAUAUUCCAGAACACUAUCCAUUACCAGCUAAAAACAAGGAAUGGGGAGAGAUUCGUGCGAUCGGCACAAAAGAGUGUUUAGACAGUAUGGGCCACAAAAACGGGGACGGUGCAGUCGAACACGGAUACUGUCAUCGUAUGGGCGGAAAUCAACUAUUUCGACUCUCGGACGCAAAUCAGUUGGCGCAAUAUGACCAAUGUGUAACCAGUAAACGUGGAAUGAUUACUCUGGUGCACUGUGAUACAACUGAAUAUAAAGAAUGGGAUCACGACGAGGAGAACAAAGCAAUUCGUCACACGCCAUCAGGAAAAUGUUUGGAUCGCGGUGAAUUGGUACAUACUGUGUUUUUGUCGCCUUGCAACGGUUCUAAGACUCAACAAUGGGAAAUUAACCAAGUCGGAUCUUGAUGACACAUCCCCUGUGCCGGAAUGAAUGCCAUCUUCGACUAAACAUGAGUUAUUUGUGUUAGCAACGGCCCAUGCGUAGUCGAGUAUGGAUUGAAAAUCGAGGCUUGUUUCAAAAUCUAAAAUAAUUUGAAAAUGCCUAGUGAAAACAGGAAUUACCUUUUUUAGUUUAUAUGCACAACCGAAUUUCCUUUUUGUCACUGUUUUAGUGCUUUUACAACGCAGUUUGGAGCUAUCAUAGACCAUACAUAUUAUUAGAAAUAAUGCUUUUGUGUUUCAGUGUGAAUUUUUUUAUUAAUAUUAUUAUUGAAAAUAUUUUAAACGGUUUUUCUUUUGCAGCUUCCGUAAAUACUAUUUUUAAUAUGUACAAUUUUAAACUAAUCGCGUUUGACGGCAUUUGAUUUGGAAGUUUGAUCUGAUGCCGUAUUGAAAAGGGGUGUAUUUAAUGUUAUCAUACCCGCCAUUAUAACCAAUAAACUAAUUAUUAUACCGCAAUUUCUGUCACAAAUUCCCUGGUAUCUACGGAAUUCACAGUUUCAGGAAUGGUAUUCGUUCGAUACCAAUAUACACAUUACCUAUUGAGCUUCAUCCUAUUCACUUCCGAUUUCCGGCAAAAUUCUUUGUAUUCUGCGAAUCAGUACAAUGGUGCUGUUACCAUUACAUCGUCGCGUGUAAUCUGACCAGGCUCUUGAAAAGUGAUUCAUGGUGAUUUUCGAGUAUUUCAUAUUGCUACCAUAUUUAAUUGAGCGAUAUUUAAUUGAGCGAUGAAAAUCGUGACGCAUUGUUGAAUUAUCGGGGAUAUUUCUGACGUGCGUUGGGGUUAGCGAGAAUGGUGUGAAGUAAGCGAGUAUGUACAAGUAAAUAAAUUCCUUUUGCCUAUCAUUGUGUUGUCUUUUUAGACAAACCCAGUCAAAACUAUGUUUCUUGCAGCAGGUCCUUGUGUAUGAUUUUUAAUGAGCAUUAUUCAUCUAAAACUGAUCAUUUUAGUCUAGUAAUCUGUCUGUGAUAAGUCUGAAAUAACUAUUUUUAUUCUGUAAUCAAGUUUAUUUAUUUAUUUUUUUUUCCAAACAUGAUAGAAACUAAGAAGCGCUUAGAACUAUUUCUUGCUUUCUUCCAGCAUAUAAUAUCUGUACGACUUUACACGAAAGUAUAAAUCUUUUGGGGCAGUAGCAAAUGUGUUGUAGUUUAACUGGAGCUUCUGUGAGGACUGAGGAAGUUUAUCCGGACCCUGGGCCACUUCUAAAUGAUGCUCCGGGUUUUAGCACAAUUUUUAAACCUUAGUUUCCAAAUCCGAUUCGGAGAUUUUUAGCUGCCCGUACGCCGGCGGUUGAUGUUAGCCAGCCUUAUUUUUUUCAAUCGAAAAUUGGACACCAGAUUGUAGUAAGUCUAUAAUUUCAAUCCCAGGAAGUUAAACUUUUCGUUAUCGAAACCAUAUCUACACUACAUCAUUCACCGAAAAAGAUUAUCAAGCGUCUGAACACGUUAUACACUUGCGAUAUGCAUCUCCGUCCUUUCUUGUUUAUAUAUUAUGAUAGUUUUUAUUCUUAUUCAAAGAUUUAUUUUCUAUUCUCUUGUAGUCAAAAAUGCAUGACGCCUAUUACUUUAAUUUUUGAAGAGAGUGACAUCUUAGAGUGUGACGUAUGUAUUUGAAGCUAAUCGAGUUUACAAUAUACGGAACUUGUUUUAGGUAGUACGACGAGGUUCUCUCAUAGGUUCUUUUAUCUUCCUGGUCUACUAAUAAAAUAUAUAUAUUACCAAAAAAA